UUUAUCAUGUGUCCUAAAGCUUAAUGACGUAGGUCAUUAUUUGUGUUAUUGAAUGUGUUAACAGUAACUAGCCUAGUCUGUCAACAGGUGCACCCUGUAGUGAUGCAUCAAAACAAUACCGUCCAAUCAGCGUAAUGAAGUUGGUAACAUUGCUGUCAGCUCAGGCUAUAUAGGCUGGUCCUCAGACCUCUCGGCACCGCGAGCAGAGAGAGCGGGCUCCAUCUCUAAAGGGGCAACAGUAGACCAGUUUGUCCACAGCGAAGUGAUGGAUGUCGGAGCCAGGGACGGCGAGGGACCGCUGCAGCGCAUCAUCUGAUCGCCAGUCAAGGGAGGGGCAUUCACUCCGAACCUAAUCCCAGAUGCAACAUCCAGCCUUUCAGCAAAAUCCACAUCUCUACGGACCGUUGUGAUAUGAAGUAGAUAUCACGCGCAUAAGAGCGAGGGGAGGAGGGGGGCAGGCACAGGCUGGACAACAGCUGCUCCGCUUUCGCAAAGUUCUCCAUACAGAAGGGAGGGCGCGGAGGCCGGUUGAGUGAGAGGGACGUUUUCCUAGAGGCUGCCAGUGUUUGGGGCAACACAGCGCAGAGAGAGAGAGAAGCCCCUCUCCAGCUCUCCUCUCCGUCACUUUCGAGCUCUUUUCAGGACGAAGAGGAGCAUAAUGGCGAAAAUGAGGGUGUCAUACGAGUACUCGGAGGCGGAGGAUAAGAGUAUCCGACUAGGACUGUUCCUCAUCGUCUGUGGCAUCCUGUCCCUCUUUAUCCUCGGGUUCUGCUGGCUCAGUCCAACUCUACAGAGCAUGCAGAGCAAACCGGCCAACUGCACGGUGGUGUCCGUGCUCAGACCGGAGGAGAUGUUCGAGUGCGUGUUCACGUGCGGGGCGGACUGCAAGGGGACCUCGCUGUAUCCGUGUCUGCAGAUAUUCGUCAAUAAUUCCGAGUCGAACUCCGUGGCUCUGCUGCACUUUGAUGAACAGCAACUGGUGCUGAACCCAAAGUGCUCGUAUGUUCCUCCAUGUGAGAGGGACAACCAGAAGAACAAGGACAACGUUCUGUGGUGGGAGGACUAUUGGACUAAAGAGGUCAGCUCCCAAUCCUUCACCUGUUUCUUCAACCAGCAGAGAAGGCCUGACGACGUACUGUGGCGGCGCUCCCACGACGCCAGCGUCCUCCUCCACUGUGUCCUGUGGCCCAUGGUGAGCCUGCUGGUGGGUACCCUCAUCGUCCUUCUCACCGUGUGCGCCCGCAGCCUGGCCGUGCGCGCCGAGGCCAUCCAAAAGAGGAAGUGCUCGUACGAGCCGGCAGGCAACUCAGAGCAGGGCAAGACGCCGCCCAACACCAACACCGCCUCCUUCCGGACCCUGCCGAUGUUCGCUGUCCCUGUCCGACGCAGAGACCGGGAACAGGAACACUAGUUGGAUGGAUGGAUGGAUGGAUUGAUAGAUUGAUGAUGACUGUGGUCUCAGUGGUGGCUGUUGUGUGAUGAGGACCUCAUAGAAGCAGGGAAUGUUUGAACUUCCAAUUAUAACUGUUCUGAACACUCUCAUUCCGCUGGACUGGACUCGAGGCUCAUGCACCAGAAAUGCUUGUCUGUCUUGUCUUGGUGUGUUUGUCUACUUGUGUGAGAGCCAUUUUGUCAGUUCAACUCUCAGCUGGUGAGGGCCUUUUCUAAUGCUAUGUGUAUUACAAUGCGUUGGUUAUGUCUAUGAAUAAGCAAAAAUCCAAAAAGGACAAUGCCGCUUUCUGUCACUGGUCAUGUUUUGGACAGGUCUGUGUUACGUGUUGAGCCUCUGUCUCUGUGCUGAUUGUAAUGUUGUUUGUGUUUACUUCACUAGCCGAGCUCGGUCUCAAAGUUCAGAGUUCACUGACUUACAAACAGGAAAUGUCUGUUACCUUUGAACACUUUAACUAGACUCUUCAUUACAAACCUCUGGUCGUAUGAAAGGUGGGAUCAUGAGGGCGUCCCGGCCAGGACCACCUGAGAAGAAUCUUCAACACCAGUUACACAAAAUGUCAGUGCUUUGUUCAGAGAGAAUGCGGUGAAAGGAAUUCUGGGAGAGUCCUUCUAAUCUCUGGGACGACAGAGCCAGAAGCAGACCUUGGUCUGAUCACCCCCAGCAUGAUGUACUGUCUUCUUCUCUAGGUGGUAUUAGGAAGUGUUUAAAUGCCUAUCUCACUGUUACUGUUCUUUAACACCCCGGGCCACGAUUUAAACAAAACGCAACAAUGCGUAUAUUACUUUUAAAGGCAUAUUGUGUUUGUUUUAAUCCGGUUCCCCCUCUCUCUCCUCUCUGUACCACCUGCCUUUUACUAAACCUGUUUCUAACAAGGCUUCUUUAAGGCAUCUGUCCAACUACAGCCAACCCAACCGCCAUGGACGGAAUAUGUCUGUUGUUCAUUUUCAGUUGGUUGCCGCAGGACAUGUUUGAACCUAUUUGGUCCCGAUUCAAUAUGUAGACUGGGCCACGGACAGUUGGUCUGGGUUCAAUAUGUAGACUGGGCCACGGACAGUUGGUCUGGGUUCAAUAUGUAGACUGGGCCACGGACAGUUGGUCUGGGUUCAAUAUGUAGACUGGGCCACGUACAGUUGGUCUGGGUUCAAUAUGUAGACUGGGCCACGGACAGUUGGUCUGGGUUCAAUAUGUAGACUGGGCCACGGACAGUUGGUCUGGGUUCAAUAUGUAGACUGGGCCACGGACAGUUGGUCUGGGUUCAAUAUGUAGACUGGGCCACGGACAGUUGGUCUGGGUUCAAUAUGUAGACUGGGCCACGGACAGUUGGUCUGGGUUCAAUAUGUAGACUGGGCCACGGACAGUUGGUCUGGGUUCAAUAUGUAGACUGGGCCACGGACAGUUGGUCUGGGUUCAAUAUGUAGACUAGGCCACGGACAGUUGGUCUGGGUUCAAUAUGUAGACUGGGCCACGGACAGUUGGUCUGGGUU